AGGGCCUGCAAAAUUGAGUCAGUCCCACCAUAGAAACCGUCUAGCACGGACGCAAAGGGAUUUGCCACAAUCUGUUCUCUACACUCUGGAUAAGAUGCGAACGACAGCGUUGCUGUUGCUGCUGCUGGGCCUUCUGGCCAUUCAUUUCGUCGAUGAAGGAGCAGCUCAUGUUGUGCCCCUGGCUGGUACCUACCUGAUCUCUCAGGCAGGACCAGUUCUGUUGCUAGUCCAACCUCCUCCACCGCCACCACCAGAGGAUGAUGGCUCCUACAAGCCUCCCGGACCCGCAGAAGAUGGCUCGUGGCAGCCACAGCCUGGGUUGGAGGGUGAGCCAGAGCCAGAGCUCAGCCAGAGUCAAGAUGGAAGCGCCAGCUCAGAUGAUGGAGGUUCCCUGAGCUCGGACAGUUCUGGAUCAGCUGCCGGCGAAGCUGCGGCCGCUGGUGAUGCUGCUGCUGCUGGAGGAGGAGCUGGAGGCGCAGGCCAAGCCGGACAGGCUGGCGGUAUUCUUGGUGGAGCUGGAGGUGCUGGCGGAUCGGGGGGCGAUGGCAGCGCAGGAGGCGGUGGUGCUGGAGGCGGCGGCGGUGGAGGAGGAACUCUCACAUCCGGUCAGAGCGGAGAGACUGGACAGCCGGGCGCGCCCAGUCCGUCUGGACCACAGCCCGACGGCGAAGACGGCGCCGAUGGAGCCGACGGAGCAGAUGGUCCUGAUGGUUCCAAGGGUGGCAAAGGCGGCAAAGGUGGAAAGGGAGCACGCAAUGGCGCUGGCGGAGGUGCCGGCGCAGGAGGCGCCGCAGCCCAACCCGCACCACUGCCGAUAGCUCACGCCGUUCUCGUCCCAGCCCCCGUCUGGCCCGAUCCGGAGGUGAACUUGAUCCACGUUAUCUAGCUGCAAUCCCGACCCCUCUGCCACUUCCCACUUACCUUUUUGAUGGCCGAUUAAGCAUCCAAUUAGUCUUAGGUCUAGUCAAUGUUUUUGGAACUCACAUUUAAGUACCUUAAGCUGAAAGCAAACGAAUAUUAAAAUUCGAUUACACAGUGUG